UGUGGUAAAAUCGCCAAAAUGUCUAAUGUUAUUUUGUAAAUUAUUGUAUGUUCAUUAUUUUCGAUUUAUUUUAGUUUGUAUUGAUUAUUGUUAAAAUAACGCAAUUUGAUAAAAAAAAUAACCAUGGCGGAUGAGACCGCUGUCUUGCUGAACAUCAGCGAUAUGAUCGAUCUGGCGAUCGGCACUCCUGAGGUCGGUGUGGUGGACUUCAACAUGCUGCAAACGGUCCUGCACUGCCUCGCCCAGCAACUACGAGUCCUGGGCAAGAAUGUGGAGUUGAGAGGCAGCGUGGCUGCUCUGCCUAUGGGCAGGGAGAACGUUCAGACUAUAGCGAUCAGCGAGUUCUUGGUCGACACUGACGAUAAGGCUUCAGGUAUUGUGGCGAAAAACGAGAUAACUGUUCCUCAAAGUCCGCGGCCCAGUGAACCUGAGACGAUCUUAGUUGUGGAAAGAGUGAAGAAAACAGAUUCGCCAACCACCAUACGAGGAAGCCCUGCUCGGGACAGAUCCCCGCCCCCACCACCCACUGCCCCCUCAUCAGUCGCACCACGACCCUCCCGCGGCCUCACGUCGUCAGAGAAACUGUCCCUGGUCACUCUGAGCAAGUUCAACCUAUUGGAGAACACCGUGGAAGACCUCAAGAGUCGAGUGUAUGGAAGCAUGCCUAAGAAUGAGGAGAUACUACAAGAAGUCAGAUCACAGACCAACUUGAAGGCGAUAACGGAUAUGUGGACGUCCCUGAACGUGUCGUCUCGACUGGAGGCGGCAGAGGAAGGCAUAAGCAAGCUUAGCUCGCUCGUGCAGGACCUAAUAUCGGAGACCUCUGGACUACAGGACGCAUUGAAACGACGCGCAUCAAAAGCGCCGGUAGCAGCACCACCUCCAGCACCGGCGCCGGCGCCCGCACCGGCUCCGGCGGCCCCUGCAGCGCCGGCGCCCGCUCCCGCCGCCCCCGCCGGACCGCCGCCCGCCUCCAAAGAAGAGCUUGGGGCCAUACAGAAACACAUCGAGAACAUGCGCAGGGAUCUGGACGAGUUGACUAACAACUUCUAUAAGACGCUUGAGGAGGUGCAAGCAGGGUUUGCUCCCGCCGCCCCCGCCGGACCGCCGCCCGCCUCCAAAGAGGAGCUCGGGGCCAUACAGAAACACAUCGAGAACAUGGCAGGGAUCUGGACGAGUUGA